AUGAUCAUCCGACCUCCGACGAGGCCGCAGUCCCUCCUGCGAGCUGUCGUCAACCACGCUGCUCCCCUUCUUCCUCGAUCUCAACGUCGAAAUAAACAUGGGAUCCCCCUCUGGGCAGACUCCAAGAAACAAGAAAGAUUUGCCAAGUAUGGCGUCCCGGGCUUCUUGUCCGCAAAAACCUAUCAGGAAACCUAUCUGAAUUACACCCAACAUCUAUGUGAUCGUUUGAACGAAUGGACACAAGGCACGGCCAAUGAGUCGACCUCCGUCUUCGAUCUUCACGCCACCUGCGCUCACCGACCUGACCGAGCAGCUCUCUACAAUCACGCCGCGAUGGCCAUUCACACGCACUUCUUCUGGGAAUCUCUUACGGACAGCGAAGACCCCGUAGAACGUCGCCCGGGAAUAAACACGAUGCGCUCCAUAGAGAUGGAUUUCGAGUCAGUAGACCACCUGCGCUCCGAGUUUCUCGAGACUGCCGACGCCAUGUUCGGCAACGGUUUCGUCUGGCUCAUGAAGCCACCUUACGCAGGCGGGCUCACUCUGCUCGCCACAUACAAUGCUGGCAGCCCGUACAGCGAAGCUGCCCCUCGCAGAGACAACCGCGACAUGGCCACAUUUGACGGACGGGGAAUCGCAGCGCAGCUCUCCGCCAGCGGCUCCGCCAUUGGCUCAGCAGGUACAUUCGGCGACUUUAGCAGUGCCCGCGCGAAUUUAUUCGAGGGCGCUCUCAACGCCCAGCCCAUCCUGUGCGUCAACCUGUGGCAACACCAGUACAUACCCGACUGGGGCGUGCUGGGCAAACGCGCAUACCUCACGGCCUGGUGGGAUCGAAUCGACUGGCAAAUGGUGGAGAGACGACAUUCGAUGUAUGAGACCGAAGGCGACAGGUAUAUCUCGAGGAAUCGCCCUGCCCCAUACAGGAACAUCAUGGAUGCGAUCAAUAGUAACAUGGCGUGA